GCUCGCUGUCAGCCCUGGCCCCGCAGCAUUGUUUCGCGGCCCCCCCCCCCGCGGCCCGCGUCUUUGGGGGUGCGUGGCCCCGUCGCGGCCGUGUUUUGCUGGUUUCUUGGUUGGCAAUGCGCCGGCGGCGCUCUUGCCUCCCUGUUACGCAGACAGCGCAGGGGGUGCGCCCGCCGGCUUCCCCGUUCUUUCGGGUGGCGGCCAACUUCAGCGCCGCGAUUUUCUUUUGCGAGCGCUCCGCUCGUUGUCCCCCAUCUAGCGCGAUGUCACGCCAGUGGAUCCGGGGCCGCUCGCCCGGUGGGUUACGAACGAACGCUCGCUAUCAAUCUAGUGAGUGUAGUUGCCUGCCGCAUUGCCAUUUUUAUACUAUUAUAUAUCGACAGGAGGAACCCCGCCAGGUUGUGCCUCCGAGCGAGCGAUAGGAC